CACAGGUCUGCCUGAUCGACAAAGGUGCUGAGGACCUGUCUCUCGUGAGAAACGACGUGGGGCUGAUAAUGUCUUCUGCCAUUCUCUUUAUCAAUCUCAUCCCUAUCCUUAACGACCAGUCUGAUGCACUCUAAUACGCAACUGUUGUAUUCAGGUAACUUCUGGUGCGCUCAGAAUCCACGCUGAUUGUAUGCAAGCAUCGAUUUUGGCAAUCUGACUCUGUCUCCCCACAGCGUAUCAGCGCAUAGCAUCUGCAAUUGAAGCAAGAACAAUGGGGUGGCAGCUCGACCAGAGCUCCAGCGUACGCAUCCAGCUUGUGAGACAGAUUCGACUUCUUGCCGUGUUGGCAUUGUCUUGGGGUUUGCCCCUCGCAGAGUCACGAAGCUGGAACAUUCUGGACGCCAGUCAGAAAGACGACGGCCUGGUUACAUCGCUUCCUGGAUUUUCUGGGGCCUUUCCUUCGAGGCACUUUGCUGGGUAUAUCACAGUGGACGAGGUGCACGACCGCAACCUGUUCUACUAUUUUGUGGAGUCUGAGAGGAGCCCCACUGAUGACCCGCUUGUCCUGUGGCUUAACGGCGGCCCCGGCUGUUCGUCCUUUGACGGCUUUGUCUAUGAGCAUGGCCCUUUCAAAUUCCACCCUGACAAUGGGAUCGACGAGCUCCCCACUCUGAAGCUCAACAAGUACUCCUGGAGCAAGGUGGCAAACACCAUCUACCUCGACUCCCCCGCUUUUGUCGGGCUGAGCUACUCGCGAAACGAGACGGACGCCAUCACCAACGACCUGCGCACCGCAGAAGACACCCACACCUUCCUCCUCAAGUGGCUGCAGCAGUACCCCCGGUUCCUGGAUCACGACUUCUACAUCGCGGGCGAGUCGUACGCCGGCAUCUACGUCCCGACGCUGGCCAGGGAAGUUGAUGCGGGAAUCGAAGCGGGGGUGGAACCGAAGAUCAACUUCAAGGGUUAUGCUGUGGGGAACGGCUGCACCGACGAGCGGUUUGACGGGAAUGCCAUCAUCCCGUUCACCCACGGCAUGGGCCUUAUUGACGACGAUCUUUACGAGGCCCUCUUCAAAGAGGCCGGCGGCGAGUUCUGGAACGCCUCCUCCAAGGACUACUCCGCGUUACUCGACCGUGCCAGUGACGACACCGACGGUCUAAACAUCUAUGACAUCCUGGAGAAGUGCUUCCACCCCCCCAACCCAAACCCGAUUGCUGCGGGGGGGUCGAUUCUCACUGCGGGCCUGACCAAUUUGCCCGCGGACCCACCCCCCCGGGUGCGGAUGUUUGGGCGGGGCUGGCCGCUGCUCGCGCCGCUCAGGGAGGGCCACGUGCCCAGCUGGCCGGAACUAAACGGAAACGGACUCGUUCCGUGCAUGGACGAUCGGGUUGGAAGCCGAUGGCUGAACGACGAGGCUGUGCGCACAGCGAUCCAUGCCCGGCCGGUGUCGGACAUCGGGCCCUGGUUGCUGUGCACGGGGCGCAUUGCCUACACGCAUAACGCCGGGAGCAUGGUGCCCAUUCACCGAAACCUGACCGGAAAAGGGUACCGGGUGCUCAUCUACUCGGGCGACCACGACAUGUGUGUCCCGUACACCGGCUCUGAAGCGUGGACCCGCUCGUUGAACUACGAAGUGGAGCAAGCCUGGCGGCCCUGGAUCAUUACAGACGAGUCGAACGACAAGCAGGUCGCGGGGUACACCGUACGUUACGGACACAACCUGACCUUUGCAACCGUCAAGGGCUCCGGCCACACAGUCCCCGAGUACAAGCCAGCGGAAGGGCUAAAACUAUUCACAUCGUUCCUCGACGGCGUCCCGCUGUAGACGCCUCCGUUCUGACAAGGGGACUAACGAGGUACCUCACAUUCAUGCGUCCAAAAGGGCUCAUUGCUAAUGUCGUUGCUGAUUAGUUAAGGUACUGGUAGCUCGCUCUUGUGACGCCUUGGUAGCCGCUGCUGCAGUUGAUCUCAAUUGGACAGCCCCAAAAAGUGGUGUUCGUUUUCUGCCGGAGAGAUGCAGGAGCAUGCGUCUUGGUUCUUUAUUCAUGUUGAGCAGUCUUGUAAAAGAGCUGCGGGAGGAUAAAGGACAAGGCCACUCAUUCAACGAGAUACGUAACGUCGCCGGAGAAUAGCCGACUAGCGCCGAGAAAGCUCAGCUUUUCGGAUACACACACGGUUUGCAUAUUCUGAGUGCACGUUGUAAAGCCUGCGGGGCCCUUGAUCGAGUACAUGGGAUUUUAUAGGACCGUACGUAAUCAGUUCCACAUCGAAGCCAUCGGAGUACAAGCAGACACCCAAUUUUAAUCCG